AUGGACGGGAGGCCCAAUGCGCCCCCAGCUGCCAACUACGAUAACAACCUACUGUAUGAUCUGGGGCAGUCACAGCCGGCCUACAGUACAGGGCAGCGCCCUCCCGUGGACGACUCGCAACUGCUAAAUACAUUCAAUAUUGACGACUCGGACGAAACCCAACCCAGACCCUCAACUAGCUACGAUGACUUUGUCGGCGGUGGGAGACCGGGCGCACCUGGUCAAGCCCAACCUGCCGGCUCCUCGAGUAGACCGUUCACCGCGCCAUACAUGAACGAUGGGUCACACAACUACUCUCAAACCUCAGAUCUCCACAACUAUGCGAGAUACGGAGACGCCGAAGACUUGACCGAGGAAGAGUCGGGUUUCAAAUACUAUGACAAUGGAGGGCCGUCAGACGACCAUAUACCUGGUGGUGGCGUCAAAGUGGUCGGUAGACAUCAUCGACGGGAUCGAACGAGUAUCAUGUCGAUGGCCGGGUUGGUGGAUAGAGCCAAAGGGAUCGUGGGCAUCCGGGACAGCAACUACUCGGACAUACAUCUCCCAUUAACCGAAACGGGAUCGCGACACUCAAGAGUCGACACUGCAGGAACGGAUGAUACGCCCCGGGGCCGAGAGAAGAUGGAGUUCAGCUUCGACAGCAUCAAAGACUUGUUCGGGAGGAAGAAGGUCGACCCGUCAACGCUAGGUCCCAGGAUUAUCCACCUCAACAACCCUCCAGCCAAUUCUGCGAACAAAUGGGUCGACAACCACGUCUCCACUGCCAAAUACAACAUCGCUACAUUCCUCCCGAAAUUUCUCUUCGAACAGUUCUCCAAAUACGCAAACUUGUUUUUCUUGUUCACCGCCGUGUUGCAACAAGUCCCCAACGUCUCGCCCACGAAUCGAUAUACCACCAUUGUGCCCUUGAUGAUUGUGCUGAUGAUUUCCGCCAUCAAGGAGUACGUCGAAGACUGGAAGCGGAAAAAGGCCGAUAAAACGCUGAACGACUCCCAAGCACGGGUGCUGAGGGGGUCCAGCUUCACAGAGACGAAAUGGAUCAAUGUCGCUGUGGGCGACAUUGUGCGAGUCGAGUCGGAAGAGCCGUUUCCUGCCGAUCUGGUUCUACUCACAAGCUCCGAGCCGGAAGGUCUUUGUUACAUCGAGACCGCAAAUCUCGAUGGCGAAACAAAUCUCAAAAUCAAGCAGGCCAUUCCUGAAACGGUUCACUUGGUGAAUCCUGCAGAUCUGGGGAGACUGAGUGGGCGAGUGCGGUCAGAGCAGCCCAAUAGCAGUCUCUACACUUACGAAGCAACCUUGACCAUGGCUGGUGGCAGAAGCGAGAAAGAGCUCCCUCUGACACCUGAGCAGCUGCUUUUGCGCGGGGCUGUUCUACGCAACACCCCCUGGGUACAUGGUGUCGUCGUCUUCACAGGCCACGAAACGAAAUUGAUGCGCAACGCUACAGCCACCCCCAUCAAGCGUACGGACGUGGAACGAAUGCUGAACAAGCAGAUUCUGAUGCUCGUGGCUAUUCUCCUGGUUCUCAGCGCAGUCAGCACCAUUGGCGAUCUCAUUGUUCGAGCAACAGCCGGUCAAAAACUGACAUACCUCUAUUACGGCGAUUACAGCGCCGUGUCGCAGUUCUUCCUGGACCUCUGCACAUACUGGAUCUUGUACUCCAAUCUGGUUCCCCUUUCACUUUUUGUGACUGUGGAGAUCGUGAAGUACUUCCAGGCUUUUCUCAUCAGUAGCGAUCUCGACAUGUACUAUCCAAGCACCGAUACUCCAGCGGUGUGCCGAACGUCAUCGCUUGUGGAAGAACUCGGGCAAAUUGAGUAUAUCUUCUCCGACAAGACGGGGACUUUGACCUGCAACAUGAUGGAAUUUAGACAGUCCUCGAUUCAGGGCAUUCGCUACGCCGACGUGGUCCCGGAGGACGUGAAAGCAUCUGGCCCAGAUGACCUGGAUGGUGUCCACGAUUUCAAACAACUUCGCGAGAACCUAAAGUCGCAUCCCACCAGAGAAGUGAUCCACCAGUUUCUUUCUCUCCUGGCCGUCUGUCAUACCGUCAUUCCCGAGCGCAAAGACGAGAAAUCCGAGAUCAAGUACCAGGCUGCAUCUCCUGACGAAGGGGCCCUGGUCGAGGGCGCCGCUAUGCUCGGCUAUCGCUUUGUGGCGCGGAAGCCUCGUUCUGUGAUCGUUCAAAUGGAAGGGCAAGAAGUGGAAUACGAGCUGCUGGCGGUAUGUGAAUUUAAUUCAACGAGGAAGCGCAUGUCAACCAUUUUCCGGUGCCCGGAUGGCAAGAUUCGGAUCUAUUGCAAGGGAGCCGAUACUGUGAUCCUGGAACGAUUGGCCAAGGACAACCAGAUUGUCGAUGUGACCCUGCGACAAUUAGAGGACUAUGCCACCGAAGGCCUGCGAACAUUGUGUCUCUCUAUGCGCGAAAUACCGGAGCAAGAGUUCCAGGGUUGGAAACAGAUCUUCGACAAGGCAGCCACAACGGUGGGAGGUAACCGCGCCGAAGAACUGGACAAGGCCGCCGAGAUCAUCGAGCGCGACCUUUACCUCCUCGGCGCAACAGCCAUUGAAGACCGGUUACAAGACGGCGUGCCUGACACAAUCCACACACUGCAACAGGCGGGCAUCAAGGUCUGGGUUCUCACGGGUGACAGACAAGAGACGGCUAUCAAUAUUGGUAUGAGUUGCAAACUAAUCAGUGAGGACAUGACACUCCUGAUCAUCAAUGAGGAGAAUUCCACCGCCACCCGGAACAGCCUCCGGAAGAAAUACGACGCAGUGAGAAGCCAGGCCGCCUCAGGUGAGCACGACGUGCUCGCACUUGUCAUCGACGGCAAAUCCUUGACGUUUGCCCUGGAAAAGGAGAUGGAGAAACUAUUCCUUGAUUUGGCCGUCAUGUGCAAGGCCGUGAUAUGCUGCAGAGUAUCACCACUGCAGAAAGCUUUGGUCGUCAAACUCGUCAAGCGCCAUCUAAAGGCGCUUUUGUUGGCCAUCGGUGACGGAGCCAACGAUGUGUCAAUGAUCCAAGCUGCCCAUGUCGGUGUCGGUAUUAGUGGCGUGGAAGGCCUGCAAGCCGCUCGAAGUGCCGACGUCGCGAUCGGACAGUUCCGAUAUUUGCGAAAACUUCUGUUAGUGCACGGCGCAUGGAGCUACCAGCGUAUCAGCAAGGUCAUUCUGUACUCGUUCUACAAGAACAUUGCCAUGUUCAUGACGCAGUUUUGGUAUUCGUUCCAAAACUCCUUCUCGGGCCAAGUCAUUUACGAAUCCUGGACGCUAUCCUUCUACAACGUGCUCUUCACGUUUUUCCCGCCCUUCGCCAUGGGCGUCUUCGACCAGUUCAUCUCUGCCCGGCUACUCGACCGGUACCCGCAACUCUACCAGCUCACGCAAAAGGGCGUGUUUUUCCGCAUGCAUUCCUUCUGGAGUUGGGUUGCCAAUGGAUUUUACCAUUCCAUUCUCGCGUAUAUUUUUAGCAGUUAUUUCUUCCUCAACGACGGGAUCCUGAAUGACGGGAAAGUCGCAGGCCACUGGGUCUGGGGUACAUCAACCUAUACCGCCAUCCUGCUUGUCGUUCUCGGCAAGGCCGCACUGAUCACCAACGUGUGGACAAAGUACACCGUGCUCGCCAUUCCAGGCUCCUUCAUCAUCUGGCUGGCGUUUAUUCCGGCCUACAGCUAUGCAGCACCCAGCAUCGGCUCUGGUUUCAGCACGGAACUCGAUGGUAUCAUCCCCGUCAUGUUUAGCUAUCCCGUAUUCUACGCGCUUUGUCUGGUUUUGCCCCCGGUCUGCCUCAUCCGCGACUUCGCCUGGAAAUAUGCCAAGCGAAUGUACUUCCCGCAGCAAUACCACCACGUACAGGAGAUCCAGAAGUACAACGUGCAAGAUUAUCGGCCUCGGAUGGAGCAAUUCCAGAAAGCGGUCAGGAAGGUUAGACAGGUACAGAGGAUGAGGAAACAGAGGGGAUAUGCAUUCAGCGCUGGGGAUGAGUCGACAGGAGGACAGACGAUGCGGGUGCUUAGUGCGUACGACACGACGCGUGGAAGAGGAAUGUACGGCGAAUUGGGCAGCGUUAGGCCCGUGGAUGGCUCGGCAAGCCAUUGA